UUAAAGGCCCAGAGGAGCCUGGAGACAAAGUCCAUUGAGCUGUUGCCGGAGAAACGCAAGCGUACCAUCGUUCCACCCAGCGGCUACCAUACUGCAGAGUUUCGGGGCGAACAACUGGAUGCGCUCACGCAGUACAUGCUCUUUAGACCGGGGAGUGCUUUCCGCUCUCUCCGGAGCACUAUCCGCCUGCUUGUGCACCUCCUCCAUACCCACACUGUGAUUGAUCGUCUUGAGGUUCCCCUCGGCCGUCUGCGAGGGGAUCGUGUGCAGCUCGAUUGCAGAGGCCUGCGCGAUCGAUGACAUGAUGAAGCUGGUAACAAAGUUCAAGACGCGAGCGGUUAUGAAACUCUUAUAUGGUCGUAAUCAUAAGCCCAGAGAGCACGGACAAUCUCCAGAGCGGGGAAAGAGGGACGUGGAUCUGACGUGGUCCAUCGGCCCUGUGAUCCGCACGGAAGAAUUUCGGCGAAACUCGCCAAGCCAUCGAAAUUCGUUUGGUUUAACAUGUUAGAAGCCUGAGAUUCGUCGAAGGAUCCAGAGUGUCAUGAAUAUACUGGUUUUUGUCUCAUUGUAAAUGGUUGUGAUAUUUCUCGAGAUAGGUAUUUACUCGUGAAGGGCUCA